AUGGACAGCUUCAACACCAGUUUAGAAGGUGGCUUCGUUUUGAUGGGCUUCUCAGAUUGGCCUCAACUGGAACAUGUCUUUUUUAUCUUCAUUUCAAUUUUCUACUUCCUUACCAUCCUUGGCAACUCCACCAUCAUCACAGUCUCACGAAUGGAUCGUCGACUACAAACGCCAAUGUACUUCUUUCUCAACAACCUCUCCUUCCUGGACCUCUGCUACACCACCAGCACUGUACCUCAGCUUCUUGUCAGUAUUUCUGGAAUUGACAAGACCAUAAGCUAUGCUGGGUGUAUGACCCAGUUCUUCACAGUGCUCUUGCUGGGUGGAACUGAGUGUGUGCUCCUUGUGGUGAUGGCUUUUGACCGCUAUGCUGCUGUGUGCCGUCCACUACACUACACUACCAUUAUGCACCCUCUUCUCUGCCAGGCAUUGGCCAUCUCCUCCUGGGUGGGAGGCCUCGUGAACUCCCUGACUCAGACAGUCCUCAUCACGACCAUACCUCUCUGUGGUCAUCACCUGGACCACUUCUUCUGUGAUAUGCUUGUGCUCCUGAAGCUGGCUUGUGAGGACACAGAGAGAAUAGAGGACAACGUGUUUGUGGCUGGAGCCAUAAUUUUGGUUUGUCCUGUAACACUGAUUCUAGGGACCUAUGUACUCAUUGUUCAUGCAGUGCUGAAGAUCAAGUCAAUGGCUGGGCGCAGGAAGGCUCUGGGGACUUGUGGGUCCCACCUCAUGGUGGUUUUCCUUUUCUAUGGCUCAGCCAUGUACACUUAUCUCCAACCUGUCCGUGGAUAUUCUGAGAGUGAAGGGAAGUUUGUUGCCCUCUUUUAUACCAUAGUUACUCCUAUGCUGAACCCUCUGAUUUAUACCCUGAGAAACAAGGAUGUAAAAAGUACUCUGUGGAAGGUGUUUGGGAAAGGAAUAGACUAGGAAUAAGAGAAGAAAGGUGUGUGGAUAAAAUACUGUAUAACAUCUCUCACACUGUCAAGAAUUCUGUGCCCACCAUACUUCCCAUUAGAAGUGAGACAUAAUAUUUUCUGGGGUGGGGGCAAGUCUGACUGAAUAUAUUUCCCUAGGGAUUUCUGUUAUAAUCUAUGCAAACUUGGCUCUACCUCUUGGGAACCUGGCACCCAUGGCAGGCAGUACCCUAGCUCUGUACGCAGGUGCAAAGGUCCUGCCUACUUUCCCUCUGUCUCUGCUGUUUCCAGGGAAUCGUGGGUACGGACAUGGCCCGUGUCCAUUGUCCUGGCCAAUGUUAAAUAAAGCUUGCUUUAAAUAAA